AUGAUGAAGACAAUCAACAGUGGUGCUUCUAUACCAAUAGCAUUUCGUAGCUGGGAUUGUCAUAUUAAUCCACAACUAAAUAUAGGUGUUAAUCAUAUAUGGAAUGUUAAAUUAGCUUCAAAUAGAGAACGUCCUCGUUUUGUAUUGAUUGCUUUUCAACAUGAAGACAAAUUCAUUCAUUGUGAUUUAACUAAUUUAAAAGUACAUUUAAAUUCUGAAUCGUAUCCAUAUGAUGAUCUAAAUAUUAAAUUUAAGAAUGAGCGUUUUGCGAUUCUAUAUGAUAUGUAUGCUAGAUUUCAGGAAAAUUAUUAUUAUAUGAGAGAUGCCAAACCACUACUCACUUCUCAAGAGUUUAAAAAUAAAGCUCCGAUAAUUGUAAUAGAUGUACAACAUCAAAACGAAUCAGUUAGCAGUGGACCAAUCGAUAUAAAAAUCGAAUUUGAAACAGAUACUAAUAUUCCCGAAAAGACAUCAGCUUAUUGUAUUCUUAUUCACGAUCGCAUAAUUGAAUAUAAUCCAUUAAGAGGACAAGUUAUAAAAGUCUUAUAA